GGGCGGAGGGCGCCGCUCCUUCCCGGAAGUGGCCUGGCGGAGGGCGCGGGUGCAGGGAAGCUACCCUCGAGUUGCAACCAUGGAUUCCGCCAGCCACCCUUCAACUGGUCAAGUUAUCCUUCUGGCCACCAGUUCAGCUGUGACUGCAAUUCUCUAUGCCAUUUACAGGCACAAGUCAAAAGUUGUGGACAGCCUGAAGGGUGCUAAAAAAGUCACCAUAGAUCAGGAUUUGAAGAACGUCCUCAUGGAAGCACCGGGGAAAUGCGUCCCCUAUGCGGUGAUAGAAGGUGUCGUGCGCUCCGUGAAGGAAACUCUCAACAGCCAAUUUGUGGACAGCUGCAAGGGGGUGGUUCAGAGGCUGACCCUUCAAGAGCACAAGAUGGUGUGGAACCGAACCACACACCUCUGGAAUGACCACGAAAAGAUCAUCCACCAGAGAACGAACACAGUCACUUUUGAUCUGGUGCCCCAGGAGAGCGGGGGGGCCCCCGAUGUUGCCGUGAGGGUGCUGAAGCCUCUCGAUGCCGCUGAGCUGAGCCUGGAGACGGUCUAUGAGAAGUUCCACCCCUCCGUGCAGUCCUUCACCGACGUGAUCGGCCACUACAUCAGCGGCGAGCGGCCCAAAGGCAUCCAGGAGACGGAGGAGAUGCUGAAGGUCGGGGCGGCGCUCACGGGGGUCGGGGAGCUGGUCCUGGACAGCGGCACCAUCAAGCUGCAGCCGCCCAAGCAGGGCAUGCGCUACUACCUCAGCAGCCUGAGUUUCGACGCUCUGCUUCAGCGGCAGGAAUCGAGCGUCCGGCUCUGGAAGGCCCUGACGGCCCUCUGCGGGCUGGCCAGCUGCGUCCUCCUCCUCUUCCUCUUGCGCAAACAGUACCGGUGGCGCCAGGAAAGGCAGCGCCUGCGCCAGAUGCAGGAGAGCCUCGCUGCGGGGGGGGACGCGGCCAGCACGUGCGUUGUCUGCCUGAGCAACAGCCGCUCCUGCGUCUUCCUCGAGUGCGGGCACAUGUGCUCCUGCACCAAGUGCUACGAGGCCCUCCCCAGGCCCCCCCGCUGCCCGAUUUGCAGGCAGCCAAUCGCCAGGGUGGUGCCUUUGUACAACAGUUGAGGGGCGAUGCCCUCUCUCUCGGGCCGCUUCCAGGCCCGCCUUAGGAACAAGCCUUUCUGAGCAUUGCUGCAUUAAAUGGGGAGUGGGUUUCGGGGGGGGGGACUGGCUGUAGCCCUUUGCACAGACAGACAAAGCCAAACAGUGUUGUUCAGAGAUACCCUCAGCCGUGACUUUGGAACUGAAUGGCUGGCUGCAACUUUGAUAAAAUGCCAAAAUGAA